CUCAAACACGACUAUCAACUAUGGCACCUGAACCAAAAUCAGAGGAGAUCGGAGAAGUCCAAAAGGAGCAAAAGAAGCGUGGUCGACCCAAAGGUUCAAAAAACAAAUCGUCUAUCAUUCCGACUUCAAAAUCAAAGAAGAAUGUACAGACGAAGCGUGGUCGUCCCAAAGGAGCAAAAAACAAGUCUACCGUCCCAUCGUCCAAAAUCACAAAAUCUAAGAAAAUUGUCAAGACGAAGGUGGCCGAAAAACGAGGUCGGCCCAAAAUGAAAACGGACGCAGAAUAUCCCGUGAAGUUCGUUGACCUUGUCCUCAGGGCUUUCAAAGCUUUAAACAACCGGAAAGGAUCUUCCCUUCAAGCCGUCAAGAAAUACCUGAAGGAGAAUAAUGGAAUUGAUUCGCAGAAGAAGGCUGUUUACAUUAACAAGUCUGUACGAAAGUUAACGGAAGAUGGGGCGCUCCGUCACCGUGUUGGAAUUGGGGCCAGAGGAACAUUCAAGGUGGUUUCAACGUAAUUGCGACCUUGUGAUAUAGAUUUAGACUGAGAUAUGUUUAUAUUUUAGGCGUACUUUAACUAGAAUAAAAUGUGGAUGUCAAUUCA